AUGAAUCCCCUCGUACUAUCAAUCCUCAUCCUCAGUCUAGGCCUAGGCACUACAAUUACAUUUAUAGGCUCCCAUUGACUUCUAAUUUGAAUAGGCCUAGAAAUUAACACCAUGGCCAUCAUCCCGCUAAUAAUCCACCAACAACACCCACGAGCAGUAGAAGCUACUACCAAGUACUUCCUCACACAAGCCACAGCUUCUGCACUUCUCCUCUUUGCUGGAACAACAAAUGCCUGAACUACCGGGCAGUGGAACAUCACCGACAUGCUUUCACCAACCUCCGCCACACUAAUUACAUUAGCCUUAGCCCUAAAAAUCGGCCUGGCACCUAUGCACUUCUGACUACCAGAAGUCCUCCAAGGAUUGAGCCUAACCACUGGACUUAUUCUCUCAACUUGACAAAAACUAGCCCCCUUUGCUAUCCUCCUUCAACUCUACCCCCUCCUUAACCCAAACAUCCUCAUAACUUUAGGGGUUGCCUCAAUCGUCAUUGGGGGAUGAAGUGGACUUAAUCAAACACAAUUACGAAAAAUCUUAGCAUACUCAUCAAUUGCUCACCUAGGAUGAAUAAUUACCAUUCUUCAUUUUGCCCCAAACCUAGCACUACUAAACCUUGCCCUUUACAUUAUUAUAACCACCUCAAUAUUCCUCCUUUUUAAUACACUUAACUCAACAAAAAUUAACUCAAUCUCUGUGUCCGCCACCAAAGCCCCACUGCUCUCAAUCAUAUCCUUAGUUACCCUACUUUCACUAGGGGGCCUGCCCCCCCUCUCAGGGUUUAUACCCAAAUGACUUAUCCUACAAGAAAUAACUAAACAAGACCUGUUAAUCCCCGCUACCAUCAUAGCCCUAGCAACUCUUCUCAGCCUCUUCUUCUACCUACGUCUCUGCUACGCAAUAACCUUAACAAUCUCCCCAACCCCAAUCUUUUUCAUAUCCUCAUGACGAACAAAAACUACUCAAACGAAUAUCUUACUCACAAUCACUACCUCCCUAUCUAUUCUUCUCCUCCCCCUAACCCCCACACUACUAACACUAUUCACGUA